CCGCGGCCUUUGUCUCCUUGGGGCGGGUUCCCCAUCUGUCACAUCGCAGGAAGAUACCUGACCUGGUGCCUAUGGGCUAAGGCGAGGCCUACCACAUCAGCCUCCUAUAUGCACUUUCCCACCAGAAUAGAGGCUGAUGUCCCUUCAAGAAACCACAGCAGGUGAUGACCCUUUGGCCCAGCUGGGUCGGACUUGGAAGUCAGACCCAAAUUCAAACUGUCAGCUCCAAAGCAAGGCAUCUUUGAAGAACUGUUCACCAGUGUCAUCUUGGUAGAAAGAUUCCUGUGGGAUGGUCUGUGGUACUGCAAGGUAAGGACACCCAGGGCUGCUGGGAGUGUCGGCGUGAGUGCCUAGAGAGCUGCGUGGCAUAGGCAGCUAUCACACCUAGGGAGACACCAACUCAGAAGCAGUGGCAGGGGAAUGGGCUUGAGGAAGACUUGAGCGUUAACCCUGAUUUCUCAACUCAACCAAUGACUCCAGAAAGACACAGCAUGCAUAUGUGGAGAACAGACAAAAAGAUGGAGAAACCAGACUCAAACUUGAAUACUAAACAGAAAACCUGCAGAAAAGAGAAACCUUACAAAUGUCAGGAAUGCGGAAAGGCCUUUAGUCACAGCUCAGCACUUGUUGAACACCACCGAACACACACAGGAGAGAGACCUUAUGAAUGUCACGAAUGUGGAAAAGGCUUCCGAAACAGCUCAGCACUUACCAAACACCAGAGAAUCCAUACUGGGGAGAAACCCUAUAAAUGCACUCAGUGUGGAAGAACCUUUAACCAGAUUGCCCCACUGAUCCAGCAUCAGAGAACUCACACGGGCGAGAAGCCCUAUGAGUGCAGUGAAUGUGGGAAAUCUUUCAGUUUUAGAUCCUCCUUCAGCCAACACGAGCGGACUCACACAGGUGAGAAGCCCUAUGAGUGCAGCGAAUGUGGAAAAGCCUUCCGCCAAAGUAUCCACCUCACCCAACACCUGCGAAUCCACACUGGGGAGAAACCCUAUCAGUGUGGAGAGUGUGGCAAGGCCUUCAGCCACAGUUCAUCCUUGACCAAACACCAGCGAAUUCAUAGUGGGGAAAAGCCCUAUGAGUGCCAUGAGUGUGGAAAAGCCUUCACUCAGAUCACACCACUGAUUCAGCAUCAGAGGACCCACACCGGGGAGAAGCCCUAUGAGUGUAGUGAAUGUGGGAAGGCAUUCAGCCAGAGCACACUUCUGACCGAGCACCGGAGGAUUCACACAGGCGAGAAGCCCUAUGGAUGCAACGAGUGUGGGAAAACCUUCAGCCAUAGCUCCUCACUUAGCCAGCACGAGCGGACCCACACAGGCGAGAAGCCUUAUGAGUGCCAUCAGUGUGGGAAGGCAUUCCGGCAGAGCACACACCUCACUCAGCAUCAAAGGAUCCACACAGGGGAGAAACCCUAUGAAUGCAGUGACUGUGGCAAGGCCUUCAGCCACAGCUCAUCCCUAACCAAACAUCAGCGGAUCCACACGGGGGAAAAGCCCUAUGAAUGUAAUGAGUGUGGCAGAGCCUUCAGCCAACUUGCUCCCCUCAUUCAGCACCAGAGGAUCCACACUGGGGAGAAGCCCUAUGAAUGUAAUGAGUGCAGCAGAGCCUUUAGUCAGAGCUCCCUUCUCAUUGAACAUCAGAGGAUUCACACCAAGGAAAAGCCCUAUGGGUGUAAAGAGUGCGGGAAAUCCUUCAGUCACAGCUCCUCACUCAGCCAGCAUGAAAGGACACAUACUGGAGAAAAGCCCUAUGAAUGCCAGGAUUGUGGUAAGUCCUUCAGGCAGAGCACCCACCUCACUCAGCACCGGAGGAUCCACACAGGAGAGAAGCCGUAUUCAUGCAGGGAUUGUGGGAAGGCCUUUACACACAGCUCCUCCCUUACUAAGCACCAGAGAACUCACACUGGGUAGACCCCACUCCACCUGUGCUGGGGAUGUGGGGAAACCUUAAGCCAUAGCUCAUCCUUUCCUAGACUUGUUUCAUGCUAACAAGAAACAAUAUGUAUUUAUACACAAGCCUUUGUAUACAACACACUCCUCAGGCACCCUCAGAGUUUGUACUGACAGAAAUGACCAUGGGACCACUGAGUUCUGGGUCAUCAUCCCCAGACCCAAACAGCAGGGAAACAUGGAGAUAACCAACAUUCAGAACCUUCAGCCUUGAGUGCCCAUUAGUGCUAUGUGAUAGAACCUACAAAAGAAAUGGAACAAAUACAUUGGAUCUGGGGAUGGCUUCUGUCCCAGGAUUCACCAUAUUCCAAAUCAGAGAUAUUCAAAGUGGUGAGAAACCAAACAAAUGCCUUUCAUAUAAAAGAACCAAAUGAAGUCAGAAUUUGCCAUGAUUGCACUUUACGUUCUUAGGAGGGAAAGUGUUUAUGAAAGGUACAGUUGACUCUAAUAUUCCCAAGCUACAAUGUGGCAGUGUUCCAGAAGUGAGAGUGGCAUCUUUAGGGAAUCACCAUGGAUGCUGUUUCAGUACAAAGCUUUCUGAUUUGUGUGUAAAUUGUGUGAUCAGGGUACAUGGCAGCCAGUCUCACAGAUUUGAAUUCCAUAUAACAAAGAAUUAAUGCACUAUACACAGAUUUUAAAUCAGUUAUUCCUACAUUAUUUUGCAGUAAAUUAAAGCUUAUACACAAUGUGAUUGAAAAGCUUUGUACGGGAAAAUUUGAAGAGUAAACUUGCUUCCAUGGAGUCUCACAGACUCUGAGGUGGCUUUUGCUGCUCUGUUCUUGGUAUAAAUUUCUCUGUAGGACUCACAGGUAUUAGAAAUGCAGUGUUUGCUGUUUUACAAAAAGAGAAAGAUUUUUUCCUUUGUUUAAGCCACCAUCUCAUAAGCAAUGUUAGAACCUUAUGUUCUGCAAGAUUUGGGAAAUGUACAAGGUAAUCUACUCUUAAGGAGUUGCCCCCUUGGGCGGCGCCUGUGGCUCAAAGGAGUAGGGUGCCGGUCCCACAUGCCGGAGGUGGCAGGUUCAAACCUAGCCCCGGCCAAAAAAAAAACAAAAAAAAAAGGAGUUGCCCCUUAACCAGCACCAUCUCCUUUUUGUUUUAGCAAAAGCCCCAGUAAAGCCUUGCUUGCUUAAAUCUCUCUGGUCUCAGGGAUGAGGGACAGCUCCAACUCAUGGUCUCAUGCCCCUAAUACAACCACUAUUUUCAUUUUACAGUUUAUCUGCUGGGAUUUGAUGGUGUGCACCACAUUUUACACAAUUACAGUAGAAUGUUUGUAUUCUACUUCUUGAACUACACUUGAAAAUUAUUCUUCCAUUUUGCUAGUCUUAAUCAUUAAUGCCUUUUUAACUAUUCCUUUGACUGCCUGUACCAAAAUUUAAGUCAUAUUUCCUCUAUAAUUGGGUAUUUUUUUUUUUUUGUAGAGACGGAGUCUCACUGUACCGCCCUCGGGUAGAGUGCUGUGGCGUCACACGGCUCACAGCAACCUCCAACUCCUGGGCUUACGCGAUUCCCUUGCCUCAGCCUUCUGAGCAGCUGGGACUACAGGCACCCGCCACAAAGCCCGGCUAUUUUUUUGUUGCAGUUUGGCCAGGGCUGGGCUUGAACCCGCCACCCUCGGCAUAUGGGGCCGGCACCCUACUCACUGAGCCACAGGCGCCGUCCUAUAAUUGGGUAUUUAAAUUCAUGCAAAGAUUUAAGUAAAUCUUAGUUAUGCAAAGAUUAAGUAAAUCUUAGUAACUUGUGUAUAUUUUACUUUAAUAUCCCACCUAGAUCCAUAAAGGACUUCAGCUUUUGUUAUAGCUUUUCCCUUGUUUUCAUUAAUUCUUUAGGAAAAAUCAUCAUGCAUGAAAUUAAAGGUUAAAGGAACACAAAUGCGAUAGUGUUUUGUUUUGUUGUCUCCUGAAAGGCAAUAGACAGAACCUUAGUGUUUUUUCUGUUUGUUUGUUUUUUGAGACAGAGUCUCACUAUGUCACCCUGGGUAGAGUGCCAGGGCAUCACGGCUCACAGCAACCUCAAACUCUCUUGGGCUAAAGCGAUUCUCUUGCCUCAGUCUCCCAAGUAGCUGGGAUUAUAGGCACCCGCCGGAAUGCCCAGCUAUUUUUGUUGUUGUUGUUGCAGUUGUCAUUGUUGUUUUAGCUGGUCUGGGCUGAGUUCGGACCCACCAGCCUCGGUGUAUGUGAAUGGUGCCCUACCCACUGAGCUACAGGGGUUGCCUGGUUUUGUUUUGUUUGAGACAGAGACUCACUUGUCACCCUCAGCAGAGUGCUAUGGCAUCAUAGCUCACAGCAGCCUCAAACUCUUGGGCUCAAGCCAUUCUCUUGCCUCAGCCUCCCAAGUAGCUGGGACU